CACUCUCCUUUGCGCAUGCGCACGCUCGGGCGGCGCGGGGUCUGGGUCUGGGAAUGUGGAACCGGCGGCUGGCGGCGGCCGGCAGUAGAGCGGUGGCCGGGCCACUGGCCUUGCUGUGGCGAUGUGGUGGUCCAGGAGGCAGCAGGACGGCCAAGACCAGCGCGAGGGCCCUGGGCACGGCCCGGCAGGUUUCCUGUUGACCCACGCCUUGGGUUCCAAACCCCCAUCGGGGAAACACACAUUCAUGGGACCCUUGGAGAGUCAUUGCUCGCUCUGUGUCAGUGCCUCCGAGGGAUCCACUUUCAGAAACCGACUCUGCAGGCGAGAUCAACGUUUUUUUCCUGGUGGCUGUGUUCAAAACCACCCAAAGAGACUGGUGAGCCAAAGAAUGCCGAGCCUGGGGGAGAUGGAGGCAGGAGAGGAGGGAAGCGGGAUGACGUUGCCUGGUGGAGGCGAAUGCAGAAGGGGGACUUCCCCUGGGAUGACAAGGAUUUCCGCAGUCUGGCCCUUUUGGGGGCAGGUGUUGCCGUGGGAUUUUUCUACCUCUAUUUUCGAGAUCCUGGAAGAGAAAUCACUUGGAAGCACUUUGUACAGAAUUACCUGGCCAGAGGUCUGGUGGACCGGCUGGAAGUCGCGAACAAACAGUUUGUGCGUGUUAUUCUUGCCCCUGGGACCUCUUCUGAGAAGUUCGUGUGGUUUAACAUUGGCAGUGUUGACACCUUUGAGCGGAACCUGGAGUCUGCUCAGUGGGAGCUGGGGAUUGAGCCCCCCAACCAGGCAGCAGUGGUCUACACCAAUGAGAGUGACGGCUCUUUAUUGCGAAGACUGGUGCCCACCCUUCUCCUGGUUGGCAUUCUCCUCUAUGCUGCCAGGAGGGGUCCUAUGGGAGCCAGGCGCAGUAGACGAGGAGGGGGCCUCUUCAGUGUUGGUGAGACAACAGCCAAGAUCUUAAAGAGCAACAAUGAUGUGCGAUUUGCGGAUGUAGCUGGGUGCGAAGAAGCCAAAUUGGAAAUUAUGGAAUUUGUGAAUUUCCUGAAGAAUCCCAAGCAGUAUCAGGACUUGGGAGCAAAAAUUCCAAAGGGAGCAAUGCUCACUGGUCCUCCUGGCACCGGCAAGACCCUUCUUGCCAAGGCAACUGCAGGGGAGGCCAGUGUGCCCUUCAUCACUGUGAACGGGUCCGAGUUCCUGGAAAUGUUUGUUGGCGUUGGGCCAGCAAGGGUUCGUGACAUGUUUGCAAUGGCCCGAAAAAACGCUCCAUGUAUCUUAUUCAUUGAUGAGAUUGAUGCGAUUGGCAGGAAGCGAGGCCAAGGGCACUUUGGAGGCCAGAGUGAGCAGGAGAACACCCUGAACCAGAUGCUCGUGGAGAUGGACGGUGUGUGUAGGCUGCGGCCGGCCUGUGGUGUGCAGCUGUUCCCCUGCAGCUGCUUAGGGACAGUCUGCACAGCCUUUUUCUGUACAGUCACCCCCAGAAGAGAAUCCCUGAUUAUUCUGUUUUUAAGGAAGGCUGCUCUCAGGCAAACGUGGCUAAAUAAUGGUGACUGGUGGACAGCUCCCGUUACUUUUAAGUUCUCUACUGAAUUUCAGUCUUGUUCUCUCUGCCGGAGAUUUUCCUUAACAAAACUGAUGUGGGUCAAGCUCCAGCGGCCAGGAGCAGCACUGACUGUUGGCUGUUUCUCCCUUCCUGGGUCAGGUGCUGAUAUUGCGAAUGUUUGCAAUGAAGCAGCCCUGAUUGCUGCCCGGCAUCUGAGUCCUUCUGUUGAGGAGAAACACUUUCAGCAGGCCGUCGAGAGGGUCCUCGGAGGUCUUGAGAAGACGACCCAGGUCCUGCAGCCUAGUGAAAAGACAACUGUGGCCUACCACGAGGCCGGACACGCGGUGGUGGCCUGGUCCCUGGAGCACGUGGACCCCCUGCUGAAGGUGUCCAUCAUCCCCCGGGGCAAGGGCCUCGGCUAUGCACAGUACCUGCCCCGGGAGCAGCACCUCUAUACCCGGGAGCAGCUCUUCGACCACAUGUGCAUGAUGCUCGGGGGCCGGGUGGCCGAGCAGCUGUGCUUCGGGCAGAUCACUACGGGGGCUCAGGACGACCUGAGGAAGGUCACCCAGAGUGCGUAUGCCCAGAUUGUGCAGUUUGGGAUGAGUGAGAAGCUGGGCCAGGUGUCCUUCGACUUUCCCCGACAAGGCGAGGCCCCAGUGGAGAAGCCGUACAGUGAGGCAACCGCCCAGCUCAUUGACGAGGAGGUCCGGUGCCUCAUCAGCGCUGCCUACAAGCGCACCCUGGACCUGCUGACACAGUGCCGGGAGCAUGUGGAGAAGGUGGGCCAGCAGCUCCUGGAGAAGGAAGUGCUGGAGAAGGCAGACAUGGUGGAGCUGCUGGGCCCUCGGCCCUUUGCGGAGAAGUCUACGUAUGAGGAGUUUGUAGAAGGCAUGGGCAGCCUGGAGGAGGACACGUCCCUACCCGAGGGGCUGAAGGGUUGGAACCGGGGACAGGAGGAGGAGGACAUGGAGCAGCCUGUGCAGGGGAGCUCUGCGUAGCCUGUGGCGGUGCCUGCACCUGCUGCUGGGUGGAAUUCAGGUGACUGCCACUUACCUGGGGCCUUUGCAAAGCAGCUGUGGACUCUCACCCAAAACAAAUUAAAAUGUGACAACUGUGAA